AUGGAAGUUGUCAAAGCGAAUCGGCUGCAAGAGCGAUUUCUAUCAUUGAACAAAGGCAGGAGUGACAUUGAAGCUGCCCUCUCACUCAUUGGCGCUAUUCACAACAUUCGUGCAUUUGCGGAUACGGAUAUUGUGGUGCGAGAAGGAAAGCAAUGCGACCUUCUCGUUUCUGUCACACAUUCUUCAUGCGAAUGGAUUUGGGAGCUAGACCAUGUCGGCCACAAGCUGGGCUCGUCCAUCCUCUCGCAACAUCUCAUUAUACCUCUGGUGCUCACGAGUGGCUUUGCUUUCAACCACGCGAUUUCUACACCUCCAGCAGAGCAAAACUCGCAAACCCUGGAGCACGACUUGGACAGGUUUCUCAAGGUAUCGAAACGAAACCCCUAUUUGAGUGCCUCGCAAGCGUUUAGGCGUCCACGGAUGUCGACGUCCAUCAGCAGGGUCACCGCAGUGAUCAACUCGGUGGAGGAACCUCUACUGCCCGCAAUCAUUGUGGACCUGGAUGCAGUAGAAACCUCGUUGGAAGAUCAAUCCACAAUGAAGGGCGUCACUUUUGAUGGCAACAAUUUCUCACAAACGAUGCAGUCUCACGACGCAACUGGUCCUAUUCCUAAAAUGGACGAAGAAACCCUUUACACCGGACCGAUCCGCGAAACCAGACAGGCGUCGAGGUUGUUGACAGAUGAUUUCGAGACCCAAAAGGAAAAGGGAAGGGGAGGGGAGAGUGAGAAGGCGCCUCGGAGACGACAUGGUGGGUCGCAUUCUGUGGCAGAUGACAGUGAAGAGGAAGAAGAGCGAUCUGCCAAGCGACCAAAGAUGGAAUCACCUCCAAACGAGCCGCCCACAAAGGAACUGUCUGGAAGCACGACGGAGGAUUCAGACGAGGAGAUGAGGAGACGACCUGGGCCUGUUUCCCGACGAGGAGGAGGAGGAUUGCCGACGGGACGGGUGAAACAACCUAUCAAGCGUGGCGGGAGACGGCUAUAA